AUGAAUCACGAUUGUGCACGUGUACAACAAACACAAUUCUGUCAGCAUUUUCUCGUUCUCUGGCAUAUGGUGAACCUUGAACUACCACCUUCGUCAUUGUAUUUACUGAUUAUUAAUUCGAUUUCUGUAUGUACAGCGUUGAUGAUGAUGAUGUUAUUUCAUUUCAGUGAACAAGUGAAGACAAGUGCAUACGAUCACAUAAAAAAGUUGUGGAUCGGUUAUUGA